AUGGAGAUUGACUCAGCCAGUAGUACUAUAUCAAAUUCUUCUGUUAAAGAUAGCCUCCUAGUGAAGCAGGAUCAAACAUCUCGAGCAAGAAAGAAGUUAAAAUUCAUCAUCAGUUUAAUCAUCAUUUUCACUCUCAUAAUCGGAACCAUAAUCAUGGUUUUCACCAUAAUGAAGAGAAACUUUGAUUUGAAGUCACCAGCCAAGAAUCAAGCCGUGGCAAUCAAGUCCAUCUGCUCAAUGACUCAGUAUCCAUCUACAUGUUUCAAAUCCUUAUCUCCUCUUUACAGAAACAAACCAUCAAUAUACAAAGUCAACGCAUCUCAAAUUAUGUUUUUUUCCCUUCACACAGUUAUAGACGAACUCAGUAAACUCUCUACACGUUUAUCAGAGUCAAAUGAUAAACACUGCGAACAUAUGUUCAACAAAUCUAUUCAUUACUUGAAUGGUUCGUUAACGACUUUGGAUGUUGAUUUAGGUAAUGAACAAAGCUUCGUUAUAUCGAAAAGCUUGAGAGAAUUAAAGGGUUGGCUAUACAGAGAAAGUCCAAAACUUGAGGUGUGUCUGAAUAAGUUGGUAUUCGUGUCUGAAUUAAGUUCUAAAAAAACAAGAAACAGCUUAAGGAUUCUGAUCAAUAUAGAGAGUGUUUAUGGGAUGUAUUAUCCAGUAAUUGGAAGCCAAAGUACGGUGGCUUCUUUUCUGUCAGAUGUAAUGUUUGUGGAUACCAUAUUGGUAGUGGUGAUGGUGGUUGCAAUGACAAAGAUGGUUAGUGGUGGUAGUGAGUUGUGGUGGGAUGGAGAGUAG